CACGCUACUCUCCUCUUACCUCAUUUCUUCCGCUUCUCUCUUCUUAACAAAACAUAAAUGGCAACUUUUAAUGCGGUGGCGGAGAAUGGCAAUGCGGAGGAGCCACCGGAGUCGGCGUUGAUAUUCCUCGGCACCGGUUGUUCGAGUGCAGUGCCAAACGCUUUUUGCUUGAUUCAACCCUCUGAUCCCCCUUGCCCUGUUUGUUCUCAAGCAUUGUCUAUACGACCUGAAAUAAACCCGAAUUACAGGUGCAAUACGUCUCUUCUUAUUGAUUACUGUCAAAAGGAUGGUGAGCACAAAUAUAUAUUGAUUGAUGUUGGGAAGACAUUUAGGGAACAAGUAUUACGGUGGUUUACUUUACACAAAGUCCCACGGAUGGAUUCUAUUAUUUUGUCUCAUGAACAUGCUGAUGCGGUUCUUGGAUUGGAUGAUGUUCGUGCUGUGCAGCCAUACAGCGCGAAAAAUGACAUUGAUCCUACUCCCAUCUACCUAUCUCAACAUUCAAUGCACAGCAUUGCCCAAAAAUUCCCAUAUUUGGUUAAUAAGAAACUUAAGCCUGGCCAGGAGAUUAGACGUGUAGCACAGUUUGACUGGAAGAUUAUUGAGGAGGACUGUGAGAAGCCAUUUGUUGCAUCAGGACUAAAAAUUAUACCUUUGCCGGUGAUGCAUGGCGAAGACUAUGUAUGUUUAGGUUUCCUUUUUGGUGGAAAAAAUAGAGUAGCUUAUCUAUCUGAUGUUUCACGCAUUUUGCCAACCACAGAGCAUUACAUCUCCAAGGAUAGUGGUGGACAGCUGGACCUCCUCAUUGUGGAUGCACUUUAUAAGAAGGGCUCCCAUAAUGUUCACUUUUGCUUACCUCAGACUCUCGAUGUGGUGAAAAGACUAUGUCCCAAGAGAGCUUUGUUAAUUGGAAUGACCCAUGAGUUUGAUCACUACAAAGACAAUGAAUUUCUUAGUGAAUGGUCUAAAAGGGAAGGUAUACACGUCCAGCUUGCACAUGAUGGAUUAAAAGUCCGAGUUGACCUGUAAUGAGGCUAGCAACAUCCGGUGAUGUAUAGCCACAAUAUACAUGCUAUUGACCCUGUACUGAUUAGAAGUUGAAAUUUUCUGAAAGAUGUCCUCCGCGUAUAAUCUUACUAAUUCUCAAAAUGGAGCCAAAAGGAAAGGCGUUAACCUGAUUUUGACCAGAUUUAUAUUACACACUCCAAUAGAGAACAUAAUCAAGUGUUGUUACUCUGGUUUGACAUGUUACAUCAUCCUCGUUUUGUCAUUAGAGAUUUACUUGCAACAAAUAUAACUACGAUAAACUUGCUGGGGGACAUAAUGCUCUACCAAAGAAUUCAUCUGUAAUGUCUUAUCUGGCACUAGAUCAUAACCACGCUGGUGAAUCAAGUUUCAGUCAAUAGAGAUGAAGAUGUACAAUAAUGAUAUGUGAGAACAAUGGGGAACCAUAGUUAUUGUAAAAGAAUAUAGGCUAUUAUGUUUGUUCAUAUGAGUUCUAUGCUUCUUGUUCAUUUAUGACUGCGUCUAAUAUAGACCUGUGUAGCCAAUAGAAUAAUAAUGGACUGCAGGCUGCUACCAGCUUAAACACCAGCACACUUUCAUAUGGAUUUGCUGUUUUUGUAUCAACGCAAAAUCUAGGUUUCUCGAAUUUAUUUGGUGAAGAUUUUUUAAAUAGGAGCCAAAGAUGUAAUAGCCUGAAAGGAAUCAAGAUGUAUGGUGCUUGAAGUUGAAGCUGAUCGUGUGAUGCCAAAGUUUCUGCUGGCCUGUUACUCAGUUUGGAUUAGUUA